AGAGAGAGAGAGAGAGAGAGAGAGAGAGAGAGAGAGAGAGAGGUGAGUUAAACACGAAGGUUAUUUUGCAUGAGGGAGGAACUGCUUUGGACCAAAACAGUGCGGUGAAAUUAGCUGCAGAGCAAAGAAGCGGAAUCUUGUUUUAAAGCUGCGAGGAGCUUCUUCUUCUUCCAAACAUUACAGAAGAGGUGAAGGAUCAUGGGGAAACACAACAGCAAGCUGGCUCCGGAGGUUCUGGACGACCUGACCAAGAGCACCGAAUUCAACGAAGUAGAGCUGAAGCAGUGGUACAAAGGCUUCCUCAAAGACUGUCCCUCUGGCAUCCUCAACCUGGACGAGUUUCAGCAGCUCUAUGUUAAGUUUUUCCCAUAUGGUGAUGCCUCAAAGUUCGCCCAGCAUGCAUUUCGGACAUUUGACAAGAACGGUGACGGCACGAUCGACUUCAGGGAGUUCAUCUGCGCCUUGUCCAUCACCUCCAGGGGAAGCUUUGAGCAGAAACUCAACUGGGCCUUCAACAUGUAUGAUCUGGACGGGGAUGGAAAGAUCACACGCAUGGAGAUGCUGGAGAUCAUCGAGGCCAUCUACAAGAUGGUCGGCACUGUGAUCAUGAUGCGUAUGAACGAGGACGGGCUGACCCCGCAGCAGCGCGUGGACAAGAUCUUCUCCAAGAUGGACAAGGACCACAACGAUGAGAUCUCCCUUGAAGAGUUCAAAGAGGCCGCCAAGUCCGACCCCUCCAUCGUCCUACUGCUGCAGUGUGACAUGCAGAAGUAGAGAGAGGGAUGGGUAGAGAAACAGAGGGAGGGAGGGGAAGAGUUGAACUGAAACAAGAGAAGGAAGGAGGAUGAGAGAACAGAGGGGGCUCGGGAGGAAAGGGAGGGUUGCAGUUUUGGGAGGAGGCGGUAGGGAAGCUUUAUUUUUUCCUUUUUUGUUUUGAAGCAGUGAUGACAGCAGUUGUGACGCAGUGGACCUCUGAUUGAUGCCAUUCCUUUCCUAUAGGCCGUCCCGCCGUGCAGUACACUCGUGCAGCACCUCUGCUUCGGUCUAGCCGGGUGUCUUAACUAAUCCAAUCUGAUGAUCUGUGAAAAGAGGACAUUCCUUCAGCUCCUUUCUAGUUUUUCUCCUUGGAGGAUUUUCACACUGUGUUACAAUAUACUGCAGGUGCAAAGGUUCUCCGUCUUUUUAGAAGACAUGCACGUUCAUCUUAUUUCUCCCGACUGAAUGGUUGGCCAAGAUCUUAAAAAGAUUUAAUUGCAAGUUACCAUAGAUUUCAAUGGUCAGAAAACGUUUUGUUGCGCUCAUUAGCUUUCUUUAUGGAAGUUAGAUGAUAGGAUUGAUACCACUAUCAUAUGUCAAACGUUAAGCUACAGCCAGGAGAAGGUUAGCUUAGCAUUAAGACUGAAAACAAGGAAACAGCUCGCCAGACUCCGUUCAGAGGUAAAGAAGUCUGCUCACCAGCACCUCUACAACUCACUUAUUAACAUUUGAUAUACGAAGUGUGAAAACGAUAAGUUGCAGUUUUAAAACGGGGCUUUGUGGAGGCAGUGCUCCCCGCCAGGAAAUGGUUUGGCUUUUAACCCCGGGUGUAACUACAACUGGUCGUUUUUACACUUUGGGUUGUUCUUUAACUUCUGGAGAAGAGCGUGGCUAACUUUUUGCCCCGUUUCCAGUCGUUAUGCUAUGCGAAGCUAAAUUCUCCUAAAGUUUUCUGGCUCCAGCUUCAUAUUUAGUGUAACAAUAUGAGAGUGGUAUCGACCUUCUCAUCAAACGCUUGUCAAAAAAGCAAAUAAACAUAUUUUCCAAAAUGUUGAACAAUUCGUCUAAUGUGGAAACACAGCUGGUGUUUGGAUGCAGUGCACCAUGGGAUAGUUUAAAAAAAGGAAUGCCAUUAAACCAACAAAGGGCCUGUUGUUUGGUCCACAUGGUCCAGCUAGAGUUAAAAAUGGUUUGUUGACAGAGAGAGAAUUAUGUAAACGACAAUACCAGAGGCUUUGUGUGUGUGUGUGUGUGUGUGUGUGUGUGUGUGUGUGUGUUACGGUGCCCACAUGUUUGUGAGUAUGUGAGUAUGGACAUUUCACGGGCGAAAAAUACACUUUGUGACCCCAGAUCAAACUGGCCUCUCUGCUUGUGUCUGUGUUUUGCGUUCACUUAAUCCAUCAACAGCCAAAUCCACAACCAGUUACAUGGCGCCUAAAGAAAAGCGUUUCCCAUAGAUUACAGCACGGUGUCUGUCCACACGCGCUCCCUGUCCGAGUGUGAGGCGGGCAGGUGACGAAUGUCUCAGACGGCUGCCUCCAGCAGCAUGGUGAGGCAUACUGAUGUGCUGCUCAGUGGCUUCUGGCUGCGCCUAAAUCAAUAUCUUAUCAAAAUGAUGACAUUCUUUUUAUACAAAGGCCAUGUAAUUAGGUUAGAGUAAAGCUCCUUCACUUAAUGUUCUCUUUAUGCCUCUCUUUGGGAUUAGCUUUAUUUUAAUGCCAGUUCAACAGGAAAUGAACAUUUGACAUUUAACUUCACAUUACUAAUAGUAUAUAAUAAUUGUUAGAUUAAGAAGACGAAUGACAUGAAAUCACUGCAUCAGCUUGUCGUAAUUAAAGCCUGCGUGUAGAUUUUAAUGUGAUUAUCUUCACAUUUUUCUGCUGCCAUUAGUUUUUGAUUGACUGAUGUGUUGUUUUCCGUGGAGUGCAUUUCUAUCCCCAAUUAUAACACUUGGAGAAACCAAAGUCAGAAAUUUGUAAACAUUACACACUGCGGCUUUAAAGCCCCAUAAAACUUCAUCUUAAGCAUUUCUUAACAUACUUUUUACUACUAAAUCGGCUAAAAUCAAGGUUCAAAUUUGGAAAAUAACAUCUUGAGUUCUUAUUUAUUAUAUUUUAUUUUUGGUUAGGUACUUGAAAUAAGGUCUGUGGUUAACACAAGCUUAAGAGAUUUUAUGGUUUUGUUCUACGACAUGAAACACGUCAGUACUUACCCACUCUUGAACUUUGUGAAGCGUCUUCAAAGAGGCGGUUGCUAACAAGUGGCUAACGUUAGGUUUUUACUUUCACAUUUACUCUUCACUAAUCAUAAAAGUGGUGUUCAUUUGUGAAGAUCAUCUUGCUGAACAAACACGUGAAAGUAUCGCAAAUAAUUGUUUGCCGCACAGCUAAUUUUCAUCAAUGAUCCAAUGAUGAAACGACAACAAUGUCUCUGUUGAAAUAACCACAACGUGGACAAAUAGUCGUGUUUAUGUGGAACUCAAACACUCGAUGUAAGAAGCUGAUUGAUAAAAUGUUUUCGAUACCUUUAAUUAAUGUAUCAGAGAUGCAACCUGUCUUAUGAACGACGACCAAAAUGAUUUUAUAACAAUGAAAUAACUUGUUCUUUUGAGUUGUUUCGUCAUUGGAUUGAAUUUAUCUGUUGUUAUAGAUCACAGAUUAUUAAAAAAAAAUACAAAAAAAUACAAAAAAGAAAGAAAAAAAUAAGUUUGUAUUAGUUUUGGUAAUUAUUUAAUGAACAUGUUUACAUUUAAGCAGAACCAGAAAAAGGGAAAACAUAAAGAAACAUAUUAAACCUGAUCUCCCGAAGGAGCCACUAGAACAACGUGGAGCGGGGGGGGGGGGGGUAAUCAGGACAGUAACAGUAACGGUAUUUCUCGGAAAGGCCAAACCUGCCUCCGCGAUUCAAUAUUGUUUCACAUGAAAAGCUGAUGUGGACGUCUCCCCCUUCCUCUCUGUCCUGCUCUCCCCCCCUUUUUGUCUUCUUCCUCCCUAAAUGUCAGAGAGGAAGCGCUUUGAGGUGGAGGGAGAGCAACUUUGCUGAGCUCAGAUCUAAAAAAUCAAUUUGAAAAAGAGCAAAAGGUUGAAGAGGAAGCCUUGGGUGCUCUGUGUGUGUGUGUGUGUGUGUGUGUGUGUGUGUGUGUGCGCUCACCUGUUUGUGCAUGUAAAUGAUGGCAACUAGAACAUGUGUAAUGCGAGCUGUACAUUGAAAAUGAUUGCAGAAAAUAAAAUCUGUGCAAAACACAAAUUUACGAUACUUCAGCAAGAUACUCUUCACAAACGAACAUCACUUUUAUGAUGUUUAAAGCGUGGUUUAGGCUUAGCGUACAAUGAAGCAUAUUCCUUAUUAAGUUUGAAACUAUUGUUAUCACUGUUGGUUAUUGUUGGUGUUAUGUCACUCUUGAAAGCUAACUAUAUAUUCACAGAAGUAAAUACACAGUAUUGGCUGCAGAUUUUCGGUCUGCAGAACGUAGGAGAGACCAACUUUCCUUAGAAAUGGUGAUGAUCGACAUUAUUGGGUCAUUGAAAGGUUAGAAGGAGAAAUUAGUUUAAAAAAAGAUAAUCAGCGCUAAGAGAAUCAGACAGAAGUUAGUUUGUGAACAAUUGACCAGCCUACAGUUAGUAUUAGUUGCUAUUAACUUCCAGGUCAGUCACCUGAGUGAGGAACCCCACAACUCUUCAACAACUGUUUUACUGAAUCCCACGAGCCUUGUAUUAAUAAUUCAGACUCAUUGGGUCAGACCGUUGCGUCAGACAUUUGACUUCCCUCCUGUCAGCCAAUCAGAUUCAUCUCCUCCUUCCCACCCAGCCAAUGAACAUGCUCCCUCCCUGACGCUAAAGAAGGAGCCUCCUCUGUAAUGUAAUCAUACAACUCAAUGUACAUUGACGAUACGAGUGUCAUCAUAUUUAAGAAUAUAAACAAAUAUAAUAUGUAAAUGUACCACUAGCUUAGAUCUAAUUUCAUACGAUGACACAGCUCUGUGUGUGUGUGUGUGUGUGUGUGUGUGUGUGAGAGAGAGCGUGAGCCUGAGUAAUAACUGAGUGCUUGUUAAAGCUCAGUGCGUGCUGUAUGCCGGGACACUUUUGCGGCCAUGUGUUUUGUAUUUGUAUAAUUUGUGUAACAAGAGAUGCCUCAAGUUUAGUUUAACUUUGUAAAAAGUGUGUGUGUCACACCGAAGCACUGAGUAUUAUUACCCACCUGCACCUGCUUUUUGUGGUCUGCUGGUGUUCGGUUUGUACCGUCUCCAAUAAGAGACGCGUCGCUUUGUUUGCUGUAGCCUACUGUUGCCGUUCUACUCACAUGGGUGAGCAUCAAAGAUCAAAACUGACAACGUUGUUAUGUGAUGCAAACAACCUCAUUAGUCCCUUCAGUCUUGUGUUUCAGUUUGAGUGAGAUAAAUUUAUCUUUCCAUUUUUAAUUGAUGUCAUUUCACGCGCAAAUGUUCAGUUUUCUUACCUGAUGUGUUUGUAUCCAGUGAAAGAAGGAGCAGGACCCGUCGUUGGUGUGAGAACAUCCUGGUACGAAACACACGUACGUUAAAAGAGCGUCGCUGACCAAGCUGCGUUAUUUGCCGCCUGAGAACAGGUUGAAAACGCGCCACAUGGGUGCUUUUUAACUGGCAAAUGUUUUCUUGCACUUAUUUAAGAGAAAAACAAAGACAUAAACUUCAGGUUGACACAACUACAAUGAACGUCUCGCAAAUUGUUUGCAGUCCACGAAUAUUGUCACCCGUAAAGUACAGUGUUUUGACUCACAAUGUUAUCGCCAUAGACUUGGUUCAUCAGACUAUCUCACGUUGUUUGAUGAGAACAGAUUGGCUCACAAAGUGGCUUCGCCAUGUGAUGAUCUCCACCCUCCUCCGCUGAUUAGCUUCUGUCCGUCCUCAUUAGCGCUGGUUCAGCGCGAGGGAGCCACUUUGACUUUCCUCUCCGGGGCUGCACACACAAAUGUACUUCUGUUUUGUUGUUUUGAUUGCUUUCGCAUCUGCUGUUGUUGUUUUUUUCAUGCAAUAUCCAAUUCAAAACUACUUAGACUAAAUUCAAUAUUUACUCCUUAGAUUUUAUGUGCCAGAGAUGGGAUUGAACUGAAAUACGAUUGCUGUGUUUGUGUGAGGUGGAGUUAAUUAAACAUGAAGUGAUGCAGUGCAUUAGUACUCAGAGCUGUUAUGACACAUGAAUAUGAACAUGAAUAUUUUACUUUUAUUUUGACAGGGGGGGGGUCAUAUGUGCUCGGUUGUGCAAUAUAAAUAUAUUCUUCAACAUUUCUCUAUGAUGUUCAUGUAAAUGUCUAUUUGUCCAGUCUGAUGAUUUUGCUUUUGUUCUCUUUUAUUGUUUUCAAUAUUGUUAAGCUCCUAGAACAAAGACAAUGUAAUUAUUUUUGUUACAUAGAAUAAAACACAUGGAUGUCGA